AUGUGGAGCGGACGAGUGCUCAUUUUAUGUCUCCUCAUACUAGCGCAGAUUGACCUUUACGCAUAUGCUAAUAAAAUGGUGCGCAGGGGAGGAUGCACUCCCUUUCUGUCGAAGGCUCCCCAAGUCAAAAGAACAAAAUUCAAAGUUAACCUUAGAAAUGGUUGUACCUAUCUAACUGGCAUUAAGCCGAGCGGCAGCAUUCACCUGGGGAACUACAUCGGGUGCCUAAACCCAAUUAUAAACUUGGAAGCCAAAAGGAACGCCCCUUUCGAGAACAGAAAAACAAAAAAGACGGUGAAGAUAUACAAAAUAAUACUAAUAGCAGAUUUGCAUUCCUUAACAAGUGUAGAUAAGCUCCCCACCUUAAGAACAAACGUCGUCGAUUCAGUUAACACCAUUCUCUCUUUAAUAAUGGACAUGUAUGUAAAAAAAAAAAAAUACCUACAGGUUUUCAUAAAUAAUGUAAAAUUAGAGAAUCUGUUGAAACUGGGCAACAUAAAUCGGAUUAUCAACGAAGAAAUGUUUCAUCAACGCGCUCGUGACACCACUACCCAAGAUUACUCAUUUUACUCAUUUUUAAAAGACCCAUCAGGAAAUGAGUACUCAUACGUGAAGAAUGAUAAUGAAGUCUCCCAAGAGCACAAUAUCCCAUGCAAUGACGAAGAUACACCGUUUAACUACGUCAAACAAAAAUUAAAACAAAAACACUAUUUUUAUAUAUUUAGACAGUCGGACAUAGCACAACAUACGUCACUCUAUUAUUUCAUAAACUCCUUCACUUCAGUUAACAUGCUGAACAAACAUGUGCAUGUAAAGAACUUCCCAAAGCAUAAAUCCGUGGCGUUACUUUCUUACCCAAAUUUAAUGCUAGCAGAUAUUUUGCUAUACAAACCAGAUUACUUAAUAGUGGGAGCAGACCAAAAAAAAAAUAUCGAAGUGAUGAAAACAAUUUCGAGAAAAAUAAACUCGUACUUUCCUCAUAUGAUAAAUUUACCAAAAAUAUUCCCCUCCAAAUUUCAUGUACAAAUAAUGAAUCUUGAUGGACAACAAAAAAUGAGCAAACAUAACGAUGAUAACCUUUCGGGAAAUUUUAAAAAUGCCCAUAACAUUAUUUACCUCUUUGAUGAUAAACAUAUAAUAGAGGAAAAAAUUAAAAAAAGUAAAACGGAUAAUUACAACAAUUUAAUUUAUGCACAAGCGGGCAGGAAAGAAAUUAACAAUCUUAUAAAUUUGUUCUUCUUCUUUUACCACUACAAAAUGAGAGAUAUAUCUCCUCAUGUCACUGAACGACCAGGCGGCAACAUGUCACCACUCACCCAGCAUGCCGAUAAACUUUUCCUAAGCAAACAAGAUCAAACUACACAGAAUAAAUGUACAUCAUCUUCCCCUCCCUCACAACAGGACAAAAAUUACAAUCAACAUGUAACCUGUUCAGACAACGUACACACCACAAUAGUUGGUACAAAUAAAAGUGACGAAGAAAAAUUACAGCUCUCCUCACGAAAUAACAUAAACCCAAAUAUUAACCCAAAAAUUGGAAACCAUAUUUUAUCAUGUUACAAUAAUAAUUACGCUACUUUCAAAUAUGAAUUGUCGCAUCUGAUUCACGAACACUUCCUUCUUCCGAAAUUUGUCUACUCCGUUUUGGAGUCGGACGGUGGUAACUUGGUUAAUCAAGUUUUGAGGCAAGGGAAGAAGUGCCUCUCCCGCACGGCGGCCAACAGGUUCCAGAAUUUCAAAAAAAGGUUAAACAUUUAA